AUGCACAUUCCCCAAAAUCCCCAAAAAUCAAAACUUCUAAAAGAACCUAAAAACGGGGUUCGAUUAUUAGAGCAACACGAAGAAAGUUUUAAGAAUUUGUUGUCUGCCAUGGCAGCAAAUCGUUUUUCCACAAUAGUCGCCAUGCUUUUGGUUGUUUCGGUAGCUCUCGCUUCUCUCCCACCUCCACCUCCAGGUACUUUUGCUUCUGCACCAUACCAGGAUGUUUUUGACGAGACCAACAACACCAACCGGAACUCUCCUAAGUCUAUUCCAACAUGGGUCACGGGAGUCGGACUCGGAGCCGUUUUCAUGGGAGUAUUAAGUUGUGCGUAUUUAAGACCACCACUUGCGGCCGGAUCAGUGCUUGGAGAACCGGUGUCACUACAACUAGUCCGAGCACGAGCAGCACCUUAA